GCGACCCCGUGGUGCGGCCCCGCGGGUCAUGGUGCUCGGCCGUGGGCCGUUCUGCUGCCGGAGUCUCUCGGCGCUGGGAGCCGUGUGCGCGCGCCGUGUCCUGGGCCCAGCCCUACUAGGAACAUUCCUGUAUCACACUGACUCAAGGAAGAGUCUGACUGUGGAGCAGGGCACCAUGAAGGUGGAGUUGUUGCCAGCCCUAACCGACAACUAUAUGUACCUGGUCAUCGAUGAGGACACGCGGGAGGCUGCCAUCGUGGACCCAGUACAGCCGCAGAAGGUUGUGGAAGCAGUGAGAAAGCAUGGUGUGAAGCUGACCACGGUGCUUACCACCCACCACCACUGGGACCAUGCUGGUGGGAAUGAGAAGCUUGUGAAGCUGGAGCCCGGGCUGAAGGUGUACGGAGGCGAUGAUCGCAUCGGGGCCCUGACUCACAAAGUCACGCACCUGUCCACGCUGCAGGUGGGGUCUCUCAGUGUCAAAUGCCUGUCGACACCCUGCCACACUUCGGGACACAUCUGCUACUUUGUAAGCAAGCCUGGCAGUUCAGAGCCCCCGGCUGUGUUCACGGGUGACACGCUGUUUGUGGCUGGCUGUGGAAAAUUCUAUGAAGGAACUGCAGACGAGAUGUACAAGGCACUGCUCGAAGUCUUGGGCCGGCUCCCUCCAGACACAAAAGUCUACUGUGGCCAUGAAUACACUGUCAACAACCUCAAGUUUGCACGCCACGUAGAGCCCAGCAAUACUGCCAUCCAGGAGAAACUGGCCUGGGCCAAGGAGAAGUAUGCCAUUGGGGAGCCCACAGUUCCAUCCACCCUUGCGGAGGAGUUCACUUAUAACCCCUUCAUGAGAGUGAGGGAGAAGACGGUGCAGCAGCACGCGGGCGAGUCGGACCCCGUAACCACCAUGCGCGCCAUCCGCAAGGAGAAGGACCAGUUCAAGGUGCCACGGGACUGAGGCGCCCGCCCCCCCGCACGGCGGGGCUAAGUGACGGUCCUGCCAGUCGCGCCGCACGUCCAGUCUGGCCUGAUUUUAAAUGGGGCUCAGAGCCCUCUGCUUGUGUUAUCAAGUACUCUAAUGCAUAUUUAUAAGAGACAAAGGAUAAAAAUAUUUAUUCCCAUAA